AUGAGGCCCAAUGGUGCAGCCGCGGUGUCCGUGGGGCUGUGGGUCUUGGUGACAGUGAACGUGGUGGCGGACCCCGGUGUGACCGAACCCAGGCGCUGCUCCCUCUCUCACUACCGCUGGUUGGACCCCAGGGCGCUGAAGGCGGUCAAGGCGCUGAAGGACCACUACGAGGAAGAGAUGCUGAGCUGGAGGCCGCGGAACUGCUCCUUCCGCCCACGGAGGGUUCCCCCGCUGCCCUGGUCGUGCGCACGGCUCCGCCUGGUGGCCCGGGGCCUCUCGGACGCCCAGGCCGUGCUGAGCAGCCUGCCCAGCCCCGAGCUGUUUCCCGGCGUCGCCCCAACUCUGGAGCUGCUGGCAUCCGCGAGGAGGGACGUGGUGGCCUGCCUCGAGCUGGUGCGUCCAGGUUCCUCAAGGAAGUCCCCGCGGGCACCCAGGAGGCGUCCCCAAAGGCGGAGAGCUGUGAGUGGGGCGGGCCCGGAGCGGGUAGCUGCCACCAUCAUCUUCAACCUCCUGCGCCUGCUCACGUGGGACCUGAAGCUGGCGGCGCUCUCAGGGCCUUGUCUCUGACCCGACUGCGAGGCGGGACCCGCGGCUCUGCAGGCGGGCGGCUUAGGUCGGGGCUCUGUGCUGCCCUCUGGUCCAGGCAGGUCUCCAGCCAGUGGGCGCCCGCGCUCAGGAGACUCUGCCACCGCCGCCGCUGGCCUCACCUCGAUGGCCUGCGCUGAGCGCACCGUGAAGUGCGGGUACAUUUCCCGAGAGGACAACGCGUCCCCUGGGAGCAGGGACAUGUCUGUGGAAUGCAUUGCCCGAAGCCCCGCCAGGGGCCUUGUGUGGCAGGAAGAGACUUGAGUCCUGGGUCCACGGGGGACGCUGACCCCACGUACCCCGGGGAGGCUCUACUUCUCUGGGUACCAGCAGCCCAGAACCGAGCCUCCAUGACCGUUCCCACGCCCUGGUUGGAGCCUUCAGUGUCUCCUAUGAGAUUCUAUGAAUCUGUGACUCCUGCAUCUCUCCACUGGAGAGGCCUCCUCCCUCAGGGAUCAGGCAGUGACAGAGCCCGAAGUCCUUAGGUUACUGCAGAAUUUUGGAUUCUGUCACCCUUGUGUCUUUUGUAUUUGUGAAAUCCCUGAGUAAUGGGCUACUCUGUCUUUCAUUAUUAAAUAUUCUUGCAUUUGCACUGGUCGUUCCCCUGUGAUCACUCUGAGCGGCACUUUCAGUUAAAAAUGCUUAGCCAGGGCAAUCAGGUGACGUGAGUGCACUCUGACCCCGCCUCUUAACCACGGUGUGACUGGGCAAUCACUUCUCUGCGGCCUCGGUUUCCUCACCCACACCGUGGCGUUAUCAUCCUUCCUUUGCGGACGAGUCGUGUACGUUGACGUAGCAUUUACUCAGCUUCCAGUGGAGGCCAUAGGAUGGUCUCUAUCAAAUAACCACACACACCUCAGUACACAAGUGAUUGCACUUCUUUAUUUGUCCAAGCCUGUGGGCUGGAGAGCUUUGCUGCCAACUGC